UAAAGUGAAAUUUACGUUAAAAUAAGAUACAAGAUUUCUUCUUUAAGUACCUAAUUCUCCUCUUAAACUGGUGAGCACCUCCAUUUUCAAUUCAUUUAAGGUUAGCAUCCGUGUUAAUGAAUCAUUCCUCCCUUGAUUAGUAUUUUUAGUUUUUAUGCUGGCUAGGCAUAGCAAGAACAAGCUCUCACCUUUCAAGUUUGCGUCUUGGUUCAAAUUCUCAACCGCUGCUUUAUCAAAUUCCUCUCUGACCCAAUGCGGAAAAGAUCCCAAGAACCGAAUAGUGCAAUGCAUUAUGAACAACCCUCACCCAGAAAUUUGUGGGUUUUUCCAGAAAGGCUUUUCGCAGAUCACCAGAGAAGAAGUGGGAAAGGCAUUGCAUGCUGUUUGUGUAAAGGUAUGGACUCAGUUAAGCAUAUUUCACACGAAUACAUUGAUAAACAUGUAUUCAAAGUUUGGGGACAUGAGAUAUGCCAAACAAGUGUUUGAUAGAAUGCCUGAAAGAAAUGAAGCUUCUUGGAAUAACAUGAUCUCUGGAUAUGUGAAAGCGGGGUGGCAUGUAGAGGCGGCUGGACUCUUCCUUGAAAUGUGGAGUCAAGGAUUUGAAUUGAACGGCUAUAAUAUUCCGAGCUUAUUAACUGCAUGUAGCCGGUCGGGGCGCAUGCUUGUUCAAGGACUUCAAAUUCAUAGUUUAGUUUUAAAGAAUGGUUUGAUCUAUGAUGUUUUUGUUGGCACUUCUCUUUUGCAUUUCUAUGGUGGGUAUGGGCUCAUUUCUGAUGCCCAAAUACUCUUCGAAGAUAUGCCUGAUAAGAAUGUAGUUUCUUGGACCUCUUUGAUGGUUAACUAUGCAGAUGCCGGAUCUUUGAACGAGGUUAUUAAUUUAUACCAGAGAAUGAGGCGCAAAGGGGUAUGUUGUAAUCAGAAUACCUUUACUACGGUUAUUAGUACUUGUGGAGCCCUUGAUGAUGAAGUUUUGGUUCAUCAAGUACUUGGUCAUGUUAUCAAGUCAGGGCUUCAGACAGAUGUCUCUGUUGCAAAUUCCCUUAUAUCGAUCUUUGGCUGUUUCAGCAAGGUGGAAGUCGCCAGUUAUAUAUUUAAUAACAUGGAAGAACGCGAUACUAUAUCAUGGAACUCGAUACUUGCGGCCUUUGCUCAUAAUUGGCUCUCUGAAGAGUCACUCAGAUAUUUUCAUUUAAUGCGUAUUAAUCAUGGUAAGAUAGAUGAAAAUACACUGUCCAUAGUGCUGUCGAUUUGUGAUUCUGUGGAUUAUUUAAACUGGGGUAAAGGAAUUCAUGGUUUGGUGUUGAAGCUGGGAUUGGAAUUGGAUAUCUGUAUAUCUAACACUCUUCUUACCAUGUAUUUUGAGACGGGACGAUAUGAAGAUGCAGAAAACUUGUUUCACUAUAUGCCACAGAAGGAUUUGAUCUCCUGGAAUUCCAUGAUGGCGGGCUAUGUUUUGGGUGGCAAGUGCUUGGAUGCCUUGAGUGUGUUUAGAGAUUUGCUCUGCAUGGGGAACACGAUCAAUUUUGUUACUUUUGCUAGUGCAUUGUCUGCUUGCGGCAAUGCUGAAUUUCUGUCUGAAGGCAGAGUUGUGCAUGCACUUGUAAUCACAUCUGGGCUCCACGGGAAUAUGGUAGUUGGGAAUGCAUUAGUUACCAUGUACGGAAAGUGCGGCAUGACACAUGAUGCUAAGAACGUAUUUAAGCAGAUGUCUGAAAAAGAGUUGGUUACUUGGAAUGCCCUGAUUGGUGGCUAUGCAGAGAAUGAAGAUGUGGAUGAGGCGAUAAAAACUUUUAAAUUGAUGAGAGAAAGGGGUAUACCUCCAAACUACAUAACUCUGAUAAAUGUUCUGGGAUCUUGUUGGGAUCCAUGCAACCUUCUGAAGCAUGGAAUGCCCCUACAUGCACAUAUUUUAUUAACCGGAUUUGAGUCAAAUGAAUACGUCAGGAACUCUCUUAUCUCAAUGUAUGCCAAUUGUGGUGAUCUCAAUUCGAGUAACACUAUAUUCUGUGCAUUAGUCAACAGAACGUCUGCAAGUUGGAACUCUAUGGUUGCUGCUAAGGCUCAUAAUGGCCAGUGGGAGGAGGCUUUGAAACUUCUUCUGGAGAUGCAAAGGGCUGAAGUGGAUUUUGAUCAGUUCAGUCUUUCCGCAGCCCUUUCUGCUUCAGCAAAUUUGGCUAUUUUGGAGGAUGGGCAACAUCUUCAUGGUUUAGCCAUCAAACUUGGUUAUGAUAAUUAUCAUUUUGUUGCAAAUGCUACAAUGGAUAUGUAUGGGAAGUGCGGAGAACUUAGUGAUCUGUUGAAACUGCUUCCAGAGCCCAAAAGGCGAUCUAGAUUAUCAUGGAACAUAUUGAUAUCUGCAUUCGCUAGACAUGGAUACUUCUAUAAAGCCAGAGAAAUCUUUCACGAAAUGGUUGCACACGGUGCAAAACCUGAUCAUGUCACCUUCAUCUCACUUUUAUCCGCAUGCAGCCAUGGUGGCCUAGUGGAUGAGGGUCUUGGAUAUUUUGCUUCAAUGACGACCCAGUUUGGUGUCCCAGCUGCUAUAGAACAUUGUGUUUGCAUGGUUGAUCUACUUGGACGAUCGGGAAGACUUGCUGAGGCUGAAGCAUUUAUCGAAGAAAUGCCAGUGCCACAUAAUGACUUCAUCUGGCGAACAUUGUUGGCUGCAUGUAAAAUCCAUGGUCAUUUGGAACUAGGAAAGAAAGCAGCCAAACAUCUUCUUGAAGCUAAUCCAUCUGAUGACUCAGCUUAUGUACUUUAUUCCAAUGUUUGUGCAACAUCAGGAAGAUGGCAAGAUGUACUGGGACUCAGAGUGAAAAUGGAGUCAGAAAAUGUGAGGAAGAAGCCUGCCUCCAGUUGGCUUAAUGUGAGAAACAAAAUUAGCACCUUUGGUGCAGGUGAUCAGUCCCAUGCAGAGUCGGAGAAAAUAUACCUCAAGUUAAUAGAGCUGAAGAAAGAAAUUAAAGAAGCUGGUUAUGUUCCUGACACAAGCUAUGCAUUACAUGACACUGAUGAUGAACAAAAGGAGGAUAACUUAUGGACCCACAGUGAGAGGCUUGCUCUUGCGUACGGCUUGAUUAGUACACCAGAAGGUUCAACUCUUCGAAUAUUCAAAAAUCUUCGUGUUUGCGGUGAUUGUCACUCCGUUUACAAAUUUGUAAGCAGUAUAGUCCACCGGGAAAUCAUACUGAGGGAUCCUUACCGGUUUCACCAUUUUAGUGGCGGAGAUAAGCAAGACUAGACAAACAGGGAGAGAGUCAAAAAUUCAAAGUAUCAGAAAGGGCCUUCUGAAGUGCUCUUGUUGAUAGUCCCGCUUACUAAACCGGUGCUCUAACCAACUGAGCUUCAAGAGCUUGUUGAGU